UCAAAGCAUAGGAAAUAAUAUGAAAAAUCUCUACAAUAGGAAGACGCCAUCAUCGAGCUACCAUCAGCAAAACGAGAAAACGUUACGGUAACGGUACUUGUGUAGAAAGAGAACAGUAAGUGCUGCUGUUGCCGUUGAUAUUUUGAUAAUGUAGUGGUGGUGUGGCUGUGUGGCUUUGCUUUUUCAACCCUUAAUAUUAUUGGAGUGAACAGUACAUGGAUUGUAUAGGUAUAUUUUAUUUUUGUCCUUGUUUUAUGAUAAAUCGCACUUGAUAUGUCGUUUAAAGGAUACCAACCAUAGCAUACCUACCUGAAUCAUUCGAAAGUGAAAAGUUAAACAUUUCUGUGUUAUCCGUGUUAUCUGUAUGUGAUUCCGGGUUUCCCGCGAAACAAGACAUCAUAAUUGCGUUCGAUUUCCUGCUUUUAGGACACAAAAGUCAAGAUUAAUCCGAGUUGUUUUUUUAUAUAGUACCAUUUUGUUAUUUGUUUAUAACAUCAACACCAAUUACCUUAUAUUUACGGAAUGGCUUCUGAUACCAAUGCAGUUAUUCGAUCUGAAUCCCAAGAUAAUCGGAGCUCACCUGGAAUGUGCUAUUCCCCACAUAGUCGAUUAGCUGCAUGGGCGAAUCAGGGUGUUUCGCCAUCUGGAAUUGAAUCUAAUGGUGCAACAGUUUGUAGAAAGGGGCAAAAUUUAGGUCUAAUCUGUGUAGUCUGCGGUGAUACAAGCUCAGGGAAACACUACGGAAUUUUAGCCUGCAAUGGAUGCUCUGGAUUUUUUAAAAGAAGCGUUAGAAGGAAAUUAAUUUAUAGAUGUCAAGCUGGAACAGGUCGAUGUGUUGUAGACAAAGCCCACAGAAAUCAGUGUCAGGCUUGUCGACUGAGAAAGUGCCUUCAAAUGGGAAUGAAUAAAGAUGCCGUACAGAAUGAACGCCAGCCUAGAAACACAGCCACUAUUCGACCAGAAGCACUGCGGGAUAUGGAGCAUGGACGUGCUUUAAGGGAAGCUGCUGUAGCCGUCGGCGUUUUUGGUCCUCCAGUACUGCUUACGCCUCCUUGUUAUGGUCCAGCCUUGCUUUCUCCACCAUCUUUGACUGGUAUGCCUACAUCUAGAUUGCUACAUCACCCACAAGUUCCGAACUCGAUGCAAUUGUCAAAUAAUUUGUCACAUCAUGCUUCAAGUUUUGGUUUUAACAACAACAACAAUAAUAAUAACAACACCAAUAACAAUAAUAAUAAUGUAGUAAAUAAUAAUAGCAGUAAGUCAUGUGAUUUAACAAAUAUUGCUAUUACUUCAACAAACUCGAGCAAUAAUUCAACAUCGCCUAAUUUACCUUCUAUAGAAGCUGGAGGAGGAGGUGAAGUCAAUCAAACCAAUGGGAGUGCGUCAUCUAUCAGUUCCAUUAGCCCUUUGCCAGAAAAUGAUAACGAUGAUGAUUCUAUAGAUGUCACAAACGAUGAAGAUUCAAUAGACAGAAAGAAUGUAUCACUAAAAAUAUCUCCAAUUGCUCAAUUCACAUCUGCGUCACUGUACGGCCAUCCACAAGAAACUAUUUAUGAAACCAGCGCUAGACUGCUAUUUAUGGCAGUAAAAUGGGCUAAGAAUUUACCUAGUUUUGCCAGUUUAGCUUUUCGGGAUCAGGUUAUUCUGUUAGAAGAAUGCUGGGCUGAGCUUUUUCUUUUAAAUGCAAUUCAAUGGUGUCUUCCGCUAGAUUCGACUGGCUGCUCCUUGUUUUCUGUGACGGAACACUGCAAUAAUAAUUCAUUUAACUGUUCACUUAAAGGCGAGAUUGCUGCGGAUAUUCGUACCUUAAAUGAUACCUUUUGUAAAUAUAAAGCAGUUUUUGUAGAUCCAGCCGAAUUUGCUUGUCUAAAAGCCAUCGUUCUAUUUCGACCCGAGACCAGAGGACUCAAAGAUCCAACUCAAAUUGAAAACCUUCAAGAUCAAGCACAUGUUAUGUUAGCCCAACACUCUAGAACACAAUUUGCUGCACAAAUAGCUCGCUUUGGCAGACUCCUCCUGAUGCUGCCUUUAUUGAAAAUGGUGAACUCACACAAAAUAGAAUCUAUAUUUUUCCAAAAAACAAUUGGUAAUACGCCUAUGGAAAAAGUAUUAUGUGAUAUGUAUAAAAAUUAAGCUCGUUUUACAAAAAUUUUUUGUUACUUUGUAAGAUAAUUUACUCUUAAUAAAUUAAUUUUAUUAAAUUUUUAA